CGUAAAUGCAGUUAUGUAAUGGCAAGUUGGAACAUAUGUAGGUCUAUAAAGAGGACAUGUUCUCGAAUCAGAUACGCUUCUAUAUCCGUCUCUCUAAGAUUCUCGCCUACUCAAGGCUUUUACAUUCGUUUUGUUUAGUUAUCAUCUCGAGAUCCUCACGAUGUAUUCAUUCACUCGUUUGGCCUUCCUAGGCCUAGGAGCUUCUCUUAUCAAUGCUCUCCCUCAGCAGCCAGAAGCAAUAACUGUUACGACCACAGUUACAGUUUGUGAUAGUAGCUGUGCUUCCACUGUGACUGUGUCUGCCGGGUGUUCCGAGUCUUCAAAUUUACCGUGGUACUCAACUAACACGCUGGGAACAUCGUCUACGGCUGCUAUUGGAUCUUCGUCUUUAGCUUCCUCUUAUUCUACCCUUUCUACUACCUCCGUCGAUACCACUAUAACUCUAACAUCAAGCUCCAUUGCCACUUUGAGCGAGUCGACAAGUAUUCCUCGCAGCUCUCCUACUCUAACAUACUCUUCGGGAUUUCCUAACACCACCAUUGCAUCGUCAUCUUUGCCCCAUAGUGCCGGAUCAGUCACGAGCUCAACGGCAAAUACUUUGCCAGAGACGUCAAGCAGCACAUGCACUGAUGAGUUUUCAACUGGAACAGAUUCUUCCGAUAUAAGCACAUCAGCUUCUACUCCUGGUGUAAGCACAUCAUACUCAGUGACAAGUAGUCACGAUGUGUCCACAUCAAGUACGGGAGAGAUAUUGCCCACUGGAACAGAUUCGACCAGUCCAGCCGUGACCGUUAGCUCUACAUCGGAGCCCAGCACGUUGACUGGAGCAUUACCAACUUCGACAUACCCGGCCGGUUCUUGGUCAUCCUCACUGGACUCCACUCUCACUUCCACGACCAUCGUUCCAAUCCCUUGGACCGCGUCAGAUACCUCGACCUCCGGUACUUCUAGCACGGUCCCCCAUAGCACGAGUACUGUUAGCGAAAUUAUCUCUACUUCAGCUUCGUCUGGCAUAUCAUCCUCGAUCUUCAGUUCAAACUUUAGCACAGGCUCCUGGACUUGGUCUCACAGCUACACAACCUCUUCCCAUUCGUCUUUGAGCACCGAGACAGGUAGUCUUCCUGGCACAACUGAUACGUCCAAUGGGUCAACUACGACAUACUCAGUACCUACACCAUCCUCGACAGCAGGAUCUAUCAGUGUAACAACUAGUUCUGCAUACAGCUCCUCGUCUAGCACUGUUGGGACAGAUACAAUAUCCUAUUAUACUCCUAGCAAUUCAUUCUCAUGGGCGACAACCGUCGUUAUAGGCUCUAUUACAACCAGUUCAGAAAUUUACCCUACUGUUUCCUUAAGCAGCUCAAGCCUCUACUCUAGCCCUGCCAUAGGCACCUCGUCAACUGCUGCGGUAACCAGCCCUUCCCCGAAUGAAUCGGGCUCAAUUAGCACCGCAUCCUCUUCGACAUCUAGAGUAACAAGUAGCUCAAAUACUUGGAGUACGAUGACAUUUAGCUUCCCUGAAUCGUCGACUGAAACCGCAUCCACUGAGACAGCUUUAACUCCGAGUUCAAGCGCCCCCGUCUCCACUACUUGCCUUGAACAACCAACCUAUGGAGGUGGCUACACUUAUAUCUGCUACACCAUCCCCGCGACAUCACCAACUCCAACCUACAGCACGGGGGACACAAGCGCAGUCACGGGUUCAAUUGUCUCUUCAACUUCUGAGUUUCCGACAAGUGGAUAUCUCACCAGCUCUUCGGAUGAAUUUUCAAGCACGUCAAGCCAGCCAGCGCCUGUUCCCUUAAGUUCUAUCUCCACCACUGGAAGUACGGACGCUACAACAGCCACCAUCUCUUCGAAAGGCAGCACUGAGACAUUCCCCACCAUUUCUUCGGUUCCCGGCUACCCAACCAGCCUGCCACUCCCCAGCACUAGUACAGUACUCGUGACGCCUCUCCCUCCUAGUUCUACCGGCAGCACUGAUGCCGCAACCGCGACCUCGUCUCUGCCUUUAAGUACGUGCAUCUCUGGCGGCUACGGUGGCGGCGAGAUUUGCUUCCCGAUAGGAACGAUGGAGCCUGGGGUCACUAUUAUUCCCGAUGGGACGUCUUCUGCCGACGCAGUGACAGCACCGUCGUCAGUCCCUACUACUCUCGUCACCCACCCUCAGUCUACCUCCACCGUCGCAGGAUACCCGACCGGAAAACCCGACAAGUAUGAAAGCGACGAGGCCAUUCGGGAGAGUGAAGACGAGGACAAUUGGACUUGGUGGGGCGGUCGCAAGACCCGCGGUCGGCAGGGCAAAGGCGUCGAGCGUCUGCGCCGCAGCUGGCGCAUGAUCUAAUGAAUUGCCGUUCUCUCCUUAUUCUCUCCUCCAUCUCUGUCCCAAACUACCUACCUAACCUUUGGUAACGUAAUCAU